AUGAUAGGCGUGUUUCUAUUCUUCAUUUUGGCUUGUUUUACACAAAAUAUUCAUGCUAAUCGAACUGUCACCGUAAGUACGAAAUAUGGUGAUGUAAUUGGAUAUGAGACUGAUGUAGCUCGUAUAUUCUAUGGUAUUCCAUUCGCUCAAUCACCUGUUAAUAAUUUAAGAUGGAAAUCUCCAGUACCUAUAGAUAAAUGGUCUCCUAAUGUACUAAAUGCUACAAUACCACCACCUGCUUGUCCACAACCACCAUGUAAAGUUCCUCCUAUAUUGUGUCCUGCUAUAGUCUCUGAAGAUUGUCUUUAUUUAAAUAUUUUUACACCAUUAUCUACACAAUCACUACAAUCAACGCCUUUACCUGUUAUGAUUUUUAUUACUGGUGGUAAUUUUCAAUUUCUUGAUGCUUCAGCACCAAUUUAUGAAUCUGAACGUUUCGUUAAUACAACUGGUGUUGUUCUUGUAUUCAUUCAAUAUCGACUCGGUAUUCUUGGUUUUUUGGCAACUGGUACCGGUCCAGAUGAUAUCAAAGGUAAUUUUGGUAUUCUCGAUCAACGUUUAGCUAUUGCAUGGGUUAAAUCAAAUAUUGAUGCAUUCGGUGGUGAUCCAAAUGAAAUAACAUUAUUUGGUCAAAGUGCUGGUGGACAAUCAACUGCAUUACAUUAUGUUACAAAUGAUAUGCAACCAUUUUUUCAACGAGCAAUUAUUCAAAGUGCACCUUUAACAAUUCCUUUUCGAACAUAUUUAGAAUAUGUAACACCAACUGUUCUUCUUGCAGAACAACUUCAUUGUGCUUUUGGUGAUAUUGCAUGUUUUCGUCGUGCUUCAUUUGAAGAUAUUAUUAUUGCUCAAGAAAUUAUAAAUAAUAUGAUAACUUCAUUGGAAGUUUUACUUUUCUUUGAACCAUGGGUACCAGUUAUUGAUAAUGUUAUUGUACGUGGUCAACUUCUUGAUCUUGUUUAUAAUACAUCAUUUCCACUUAAACAACUUAUUGUUGGUACAUUAACUGAAGAAGCUCGAUUUUUUAUUUAUGAAGGAUGGGCAAAACCAGUAUUGCCAACAGUCUAUGGUGAACUUAUUUUAGGUACAUUUCGUGAAAAUGCUGUUAAAGUUCUUGAACGAUAUCCACCUGAUAGUAUAUUUGAUGAACGACCAUUAUUAUCUCGUAUAGCGACUCAAUGGGUAUUUGCUUGUUCAAAUCGUAUUUUUGCACGUAAAGCUGCAUCAUAUUCUUAUGUAUUUGGUUAUCCACUUGAUUUUGAUGGUUGGGGUAAUGAAACAUAUUGUAAUGGAUAUGUUUGUCAUGGUGCUGAAUUACCAUAUUUAUUUGAAUCGUCAUGGUUAAAUUUUACUGAUGCUGGACGACGUGUAUCUCAAAGUAUGGCAACUUAUUGGACAAAUUUUGCUAAAAGUCAAGAUCCCAAUGAACCUAUACGUGUAUUAACACCAUGGCCAAGAGUAACUACUGGAAAUGAAAAAUACAUGUAUUUUCAAGAUCCACUACAAGUUCCAGAAAGUUACUUGAAAAAUGAUUGUGAUUUUUGGGAUAAGAUUGGAUAUAAAUAA